UUGGCUCAAAUCGAAACCGGCUAUCAAAUUUUGUCCGAAAUCGAAGCGACGUGUCCAAAACCGGUUGCAAAAAAUGGAAAAAGAACGGCGAAUAAAAAAUCAGUGGCCAAAGGAAAUGUUAUGCAUAACACAAAUAAAUAUUAUUCAUUGAUUCCACAUGCUUUUGGGUAAGUGAAUUUGAGAUUGAGAAGAUAAUUGGGGAAAUUAGGGUAAUUAGGUGAUUAAAAAUUAAAAUUAAUUAAAAAUUUAAAGAGAAAUUUUGAAAACAAUUUUCAAUAAACCGCAAGCUUCCGCGCAGCGGCAAAGUUAGCCUAACUUUUCUGGAAAAUAUAGAAAGUUAGCCUAACUUUUCUGGAAAAUAUAGAAAGUUAGCCUAACUUUUCUGGAAAAUAUAGAAAAUUAGCCUAACUUUGCCGCUUACGCGGAAGCUUGCGGUUUACACUUGCGCAAAGCGCUCGAGCCCUAGGCUUAGGGUUCAAGGCGUCGCCGCUUCGCGGAAGAUAAUGCCGCUCACGCGGAAGCUUACGCUUUACAGUGUAAAUCGCAAGCUUGCUCCUAGCGGCAAAGUUAGUCUAACUUUUCUGGAAAAUAUAGAAAGUUAGCCUAACUUAUUAGCGUCGAGCGAAGCGAGUGUAGACCGCAAGCUUCCGCGUAAGCGGCACUAUCUUCCGCGAAGCGGUCACGCCUUGAACCCUAUGUUUUGCUGUGAACCCUAAGCCAAAGCCUUGCCGCUUCGCGGUAGCUUGCGGUUUACACUCGCUCCUAAAAUUACAGCUUCCAAGUCCCCCCAAAAAUCGACACUCUUCAAAAAGUCCACGAUGAACGAGAACUCCUUGAUGCCCUCAGAGGAACCAUUGAAGCCGCGCAAAGUCUGAAAAAUCUCAAAAAAUCCCGCUCACAAAAAGAUAUCUAUCAUCGACUUUAUGAUAAAUUACCCUGCGAAAUUCAAGCGGUUUCCGAAGAAAUUUCGGCGAAAAUUGAAGAGUGUUUGAAACUCCGCGCACCUACACAUUUGUAUAAAUUGGCGCUGAAAAAUGCAUUUGAAAUUGUUGAUUCGAAAAUUAAAGAGGAAGCGGAGCCAGUUAGGAAAAGAGGAAAAUCUACCAAGAAAGCUGAAGCUAAAAGACUUCUUUGGCACGGAACUCGAGUCACAAAUGUAUUUUCGAUUCUCAUGAAUGGCUUAGUUAUCCCAAAAGGUAUUCGAGAUGAUUUGAUGUUUGGAAAUGGUGUGUAUUUUGCAAAUGUCCCAUCGAAAUCUGCAAAUUAUUGCAUACCAAAAGAUGGUGGAAGGGUAUUUAUGCUACUUUGUGAAGUUGAUAUUGGAAAUCCGCUGGUUUUGUAUGAAUCUGAAACGAUGGCGAUGGAAAAUAUGAGAAAAGCGAAGAAGGAAAUUGUAUAUGCGGCGGGGAAACAGACACCGAAGGAGGAGAUUGAGAUGUGGGUUUUUUUUACUGUUCCAAAUUUUCGCUUAGAAAUUUUCAGCCUUCUGGUGUUUUAUUAGAAAUUGUAAUGUAGGGGGGAAAUUACUGUUUUAAAAAAUUUCCACUGUUUCAGAAUUUUUAGUAGAAUUUUAAAUCUAUGAUAUUUUUCUGUCACAAUUUUCUCACUGUUUCAAAAAAUUUUCAAUUUUCCCGAUCUGAAAAUCACCAAAAAAUUAAAUAAAUUUCGAAUAAAAAUGUUUAUUCUAUCUAUAAUUAAUUUUCUACUGUUUCAAAAACAUUUCUGAUUCUAAAAUUCAAUGAUCAACUUGGUCAUCAAGAGAAAUUAUGGAAAAAAUCGAUUUUCAAUUAAUUCCAAAAUUGUACUGUUUCAAAUCCAAUAUUUAGCAAAUAUUUUCUACAAUUUUUGUUCAAAUGCAAAAAUUUAUAAACAAAAUAAUUUGCUGUUUCAAAAAAAAUUCAUAAGAAAAUUGAAGUUCACUUUUUUUUAAUUACUUUGUAAUAUUUCACUGUUUCAAUAAUCAUUUGAAAAGAAAUACUAUAUUUGUAUGACAAUUAUGCACUUUUGUAUUGCAAGAAAAAUUUCACUGUUUCGAAAAUUUGUCAUAUGAGAAUUCUAGUUUUAACAUGUUUUUUUCAAUUUUCCCUUUGCAAGUCGAAAUUGUUGAAAAUUCAAAAUAAAUUCUGCAGAAACUAUUCCACUUUUUGUGAUCUAAAAUCAAUUUUUUUUACUGUUUCAAAACUUAUGUAUAGAAAAAUGAUAUAAUUUGAAAUUAAUUAAUUCUGUUCUCAUAAACAUUCAAAAUUCUAAUUUCAUCUCUCACUGAUCCUUGCGAGUUGGAAACAUAUAGAAGAACCCAUUCAUUUUUUAAAUUCAGAAGAUUUCAAAGUCAAAAUUUAUGUUCUGAUGUUUGUAACAAAACCUUUACUGAAUACGUUUCACUUCUUGUAUUUCUAAUAUUUCGAUGGAUUUCAUUCGAUCCUCUGUCAUUUAUAUAUGAUAAUUAGUAGGAAGUGUUCGAUUGAACAAUAAAUGUUGUUUUCGAUUCUUCUGACUCUCCUGGUUUAGCAUUUUUCCAAAAAAAAGUUUCCGAAGAUUUUUUUGCAAACAAAAGUUUACUGUUUCAAAAUUUUGAUAUAGAAAAUUGAAAGAAUUUGAAAUUAGAUAAUUUAAGUUUCUUCUAAACAGUCCGAAUUCUAAUUUUUUCUCUAACAAAACCUUCACUGAAUACGUUUCUGUUAUUACAUUUCUAAUAUCUCGAAUCUAUUACAUUAAUCCUGCGAUAAAUGAUAUUCUAUAUCCAUUUGAUAGUGUUUUUUAUUGAUCAAUAAUUGUGACAAUGCUUUGUUUUCAUUUUAUUCUAUGACAAGGAUAAUCGGAAAUUUUCAACUUUUUGAUUUUUCGAUCAGAUUCGUAAAAAAAUUACUGUUUCAAAAAAUUAUGAAUUUUCCAAAGAAACAUUUCCGAAGAUUUUUUCUAAAUGCUUUUGGAACUUGAAAUCAAUUGAUUGUGUUCUUUACAUUCAGAGUUCAGAUUUUCUCACUGUUUCAAUAAUUUUGUAUUUGAAAACAAAAAAGGAUUGAAAUCGAUAAUUGAGCGUCCUGAGAACCUAACUUUUCUAAAAUGUCAAUUUGUGGUAUUUUUCAAGAAAUUUCCACUGUUUCAAAAUUUUGAUGAAAACAAGUUUCAAUGGUAGAAAAUUAAUCGAAUAUAAUCGUUUUAUUUUUCGAAAAAAAAAUUCCAAAUUAUUUUUAUUGAAUGAUCCUAGGAAAACUCUAAAUGUUCUACUGUUUCAAAAAAUUUAUCAAGUUUUGAAUUGUUUCUUUUUAAUUCAAUUCAUAUGUAAAUUACCAAAAAAUGUUAUGUUUCAAAAAAAAAAAAUAAUGAUGUUUUUUCUAUGAAAUUAAUUUUCACUGUUUCAAAAACAUUUCUGAUUCUAAAAUUGAAUGAUCAACUUAGUCAACCAGACAUGUGAUGUUAAAAAUCGAUUUUCAAUUAUUUCUAAAAUUGUACUGUUUCAAAUCCAAUAUUUAGCAAAUAUUUUCUACAAUUUUUGUUCAAAUGCAAAAUUUUAUAAACAAAAUAAUUUGCUGUUUCAAAAAAAAUAAUAAGAAAAUUGAAAUUCAAUUUUUUAAUUGCUUUGUAAUAAUUCACUGUUUCAAUAAUCACUUGAAAAGAAAUACUAUAUUUGUAUGACAAUCAUAGAUUUUUGUAUUGCAAAAAAAUUUCACUGUUUCAAAAAUUUGUCAUAUGAGAAUUCUAGUUUUUAACUUAUUCUUUCUGCAGAAACUAUUCCAAUUUUGUGAUCUAAAAUCAAUUUUUUUCAAUGUUUCAAAACUUAUGUAUAAAAAAAUGAUAUAAUUUGAAAUUAAUUAAUUCUGUUUUCAUAAACAUUCUAAUUUCAUCUCUCACUGAUCCUUGCGAGUUGGAAACAUAUAGAAGAAAUCAUUCGUUUUUUAUUCAGAAGAUUUCGAAGACAAAAUUUCUGUUCUGAUGUUUCUAACAAAACCUUCACUGAAUACGUUUCUGUUUUUCUGUACAUUUCGAAUAUUUACAUGAUGAUAAUUAUUUUCCAUCAAUAACUUCGAUUAUAAUCAUUAUUGGUAAUGAAUCAAAAACAAUUCCAUAAAUUUGAAUAACAUUAAAAUGGUCCAAAUUUCAAAUUUCUUCUUUUAAAAAAUUGAUAAUUUAUCAGAUUUUCCACCAAUUUCAGUUCAAAAUUCCUCACUUUUCUCUAGAAUUUAAAUAAAUAAAUAAAUUUCUCCAAAAAAUUUCCGAGUUUGUUUACUGUUUCAAUUUUUCAUUUAGAAAUCUUUCCCUUUUGUUCAUCAGAAAUUCACUGUUUCAAAAAAGAAUUGAAUUUUUCACCCAAUCUGAUGUAAAAUAAUUCGAUCAAUGUAGUAGUUAUUGAUGGGAAAGUCUCGAAAUGUCCAGAAAUUAUUUUAUUCCUAGUGAUCGGAUUCGAUUCUGGUUUCCACCGCAAAGAAUUUAUCGAUUGAAUUGCAUUUGACAUACUUUUUUGAAUUUUUCACGUAUUUUUGAUUCAAUAAUAACAAAACCUUCACUAAAUACGUUUCUGUUAUUACAUUUCUAACAUCUCAAUUAGUCUAUUACAUUAAUCCUGCUAUAAACGAUAUUCUAUAUCCAUUUGAAAGUGUUUUUUAUUAAUCAAUAAUUGUGACAAUUCUUUGCUUUCAAUUUAUUCUAUGACAAGGAUAAGCGGAAAUUUUCAACUUUUUGAUUUUUCAUUAGGUUGAUCAGGCAAAAAAUUACUGUUUCAAAAAUUUAUGAAUUUCUCAGAGGCUAAUUCGCAGCUGAACGGCAGGGCUGCUCAAAAAGUGCAGGCAGCGCUGCGGCGUGGACGCCACAGCGCUGCCGAUUUGAACAGCAGCAGUGGGCAACAGUUGCCAUGUGUGUGGCAGCGAUGAGCAACAGUUGCCUUGUGUAUGGCAGCUGAAGCCGAUUGCUGCCGGAGAGGCCAGCUGCGAAAUGGCAGCGCUGCUCGGUCAGGAAAUUUUCGUAAAAUCAGCAGCGCUGCGGCGUCCACGGGGCAGCGCUGCUGAUUAGUUGCUGAAUUGAGCUGCGCUGCCUUUCAGCAGCGGAAUUACUCCUGAGUUUCCAAAGAAAAAUUUACGAAGAUUUUUUCUAAAUGCUUUUGGAACUUGAAAUCAAUUAAUUGUGUUCUUUACAUUCAGAGUUCAGAUUUUCUCGCUGUUUCAAAAAAAUUGUAUUUGAAAACAAAAAAGGAUUGAGAUCGAUAAUUGACCGUCUUCCUCGAAAUCUUUCUAAAAUGUAAAUUUGUGGUAUUUUUCAAGAAAUUUCCACUGUUUCAAAAUUUUGAUGAAAACAAGUUUCAAUGUAGAAAAUUAAUCGAAUAUAAUCGUUUUAUUUUUCGAAAAAAAAUUCCAAAUUGUUUUUAUUGAAUGAUCCUAAAAAAAUCUAAAUUUCCUACUGUUUCAAAAUAUUUAGCAAGUUUUGAUCUUUUUUUUUAAUUCAAUUGAUAUUACAAAAUAAAAAUAACUUACAAAAAAAAUUAAAUAAAUUUCGAAUAAAUAUGUUUUUUCUAUGAAAUUAAUUUUCACUGUUUCAAAAACAUUUCUGAUUCUAAAAUUCAAUGAUCAACUUGGUCAUCAAGAGAAAUUAUGAAAAAAAUAGAUUUUCAAUUAAUUCUAAAAAUGUACUGUUUCAAAUCCAAUAUUUAGCAAAUAAUUUCUACAAUUUUUGUUCAAAUGCAAAAAUUUAUUAUCAAAAUAAUUUGCUGUUUCAAAAAAAAAAUCAUAAGAAAAUUGAAAUUCAUUUUUUUUAAUUACUUUGUAAUAUUUCACUGUUUCAAUAAUCACUUGAAAAGAAAUAAUAAUUUUUGAACGUUUGGAUUUCAAGAAGAAUUUCACUGUUUCAAAAAUUUGUCAUAUGAGAAUUCUAGUUUUUAACUUAUUCUUUCUGCAGAAACUAUUCCAAUUUUGUGAUCUAAAAUCAAUUUUUUUUAUUGUUUCAAAACUUAUGUAUAGAAAAAUGAUAUAAUUUGAAAUUAAUUAAUUCUGUUCUCAUAAACAUUCAAAAUUCUAAUUUCAUCUCUCACUGAUUCUUGCGAAUUAGAAAAAUAUAGAAGAAACCAUUCAUUUUUUUAUUCAGAAGAUUUCAAAGUCAAAAUUUCUGUUCUGAUGUUUGUAACAAAACCUUUACUGAAUACGUUUCACUUCUUGCAUUUCUAAUAUUUCGAUGGAUUUCAAUCAAUCCUCUGUCAUUUAUAUAGGAUAAUUAGUAGGAAGUGUUCGAUUGAACAAUAAAUAUUGUUUUCGAUUCUUCUGACUCUCCUGAUUUAGCAUUUUUCCAGAAAAAAAAAGUUUCCGAAGAUUUUUUUUGCAAAAAAAUGUUUACUGUUUCAAAAUUUUGAUGUAGAAAAUUGAAAGAAUUUGAAAUUAAUUAAUGUUUCUUCUAAACAGUCCAAAUUCUAAUUUUAUCUCUCUAACAAAACCUUCACUGAAUACGUUUCUGUUAUUACAUUUCUAAUAUCUCGAAUCUAUUACAUUAAUCCUGCGAUAAAUGAUAUUCUAUAUCAAUUUUAUAGUAUUUUUAUGGAUCAAUAAUUGUGACAAUUCUUUGCUUUCAAUUUAUUCUAUGACAAGGAUAAUCAGACAUUUUCACCUUUUUGAUUUUUCGAUCAGAUUCACCAAAAAAUUACUGUUUCAAAAAAUUAUGAAUUUUACGAAUAAAAAUUUCCGAAGAUUUUUUUUAACGCUUUUGGAACUUGAAAUCAAUUGUGUUUUUUACAUUCAGAGUUCAGAUUUUCUCGCUGUUUCAAAAAAUUUGUAUUUGAAAACAAAAAAGGAUUGAAAUCGAUAAUUGAGCGUCCUGAGAACCUAACUUUUCUAAAAUGUCAAUUUGUGGUAUUUUUCAAGAAAUUUCCACUGUUUCAAAAUUUUGAUGAAAACAAGUUUCAAUGUAGAAAAUUAAUCGAAUAUAAUCGUUUUAUUUUUCGAAAAAAAAAUUCCAAAUUAUUUUUAUUGAAUGGUCCUAGAAAAAAAAUCUAAAUUUUCUACUGUUUCAAAAAAUUUUUCCGAUCUGAAAAUUACCAAAAAAAUUUAAUAAAUUUCGAAUAAACUAUGAAAUGAAUUUUGACUGUUUCAAAAACUUUUCAAGUACAUUUCUGAUUUAAAAUUCAAUGAUCAACUUGGUCAUCCAGAGAAAUUAUAAAAAAAAUCGAUUUUCAAUCAAUUCUAAAAUUGUACUGUUUCAAAUCCAAUAUUUAGCAAAUAUUUUCUACAAUUUUUGUUAGAAUGCAAAAAUUUAUAAACAAAAUAAUUUGCUGUUUCAAAAAAUCAUAAGAAAAUUGCAAUUCAAUUUUUUAAUUGCUUUGUAAUAAUUCACUGUUUCAAUAAUAAUCACUUGAAAUGGAAAUAACAAUAUUUGAACGUUUGGAUUUCAAAAAAAAUUCACUGUUUCAAAAAUUUGUCAUGUUCUUUCAAAAUUUUCCUAUUUCAAGUGAAAAAUUGUUGAAAAUUCAAAAAUCCACUUUUGUGAUCUACAACCAAUUUUUUUUCCAGAAACGGAGUUCCAAUUUUCAAAGGCGGUUUGAGUGACAUCGAAGAAGAAUCCGAACUUUUAUAUGACGAAUAUGUGGUUUAUGACAGUGAGAAGUUUCGAAUCAAAUAUGUUGUUGAAUUGGAAACAAAUAAAUUGACACCACAAGAAAUGAUGAAUUUGAUGAUUUAA